CUGUAUAAGCAAAAUGGCAAACUUCUCCAGAUAUCUGUCCCUAGAAAUAAUAUUAAUCUUCUUAGCUUUUGCUUGUUGCAACCAUCAUGCAGCCGGAUAUGGCGGCCUCCGGGUGGGUUUUUACGAGCAAAGCUGCCCCCAUCUCGAGCACAUUGUAAAAGAGAUCUCCGAUCAAGUCAUGGCCGUAGCGCCAAGCCUUGCUGGUCCAUUGUUGAGGAUGCACUUCCAUGAUUGUUUUGUUAGGGGCUGUGAGGGUUCAGUGCUGUUGAAUUCUCCCACCAAACAAGCAGAGAAAGAUGCAAUCCCAAACCUCAGUCUGAGGGGGUUUCAGAUUAUAGACAAAGUGAAGACUGCAGUGGAAGAAGCAUGUCCCGGAGUCGUUUCUUGUGCAGAUAUUUUAGCCAUUGUUGCUCGAGAUGUUACUGCCGCGAUGAAAGGGCCUUAUUGGGAAGUCGAAACAGGACGAAGAGAUGGAAGAGUGUCAAACAUGACAGAAGCUUUAUUUAACCUACUACCACCUUUUGCAAACAUUACUACCUUAAAACAAGGAUUCCUUGAUAGGGGCUUGAGCGUUAAAGAUUUGGUUGUUUUAUCAGGUGGACACACCAUUGGAAUAUCUCAUUGUUCAUCAUUCACCGACCGGCUGUACAACUUCACCGGAAAGGGCGACGCCGACCCGGCGCUGGACCCGAACUACGCCGAGAAGUUGAGAAUGAAGUGCCCGGAGGCGAGUCCGACAGACAACUUAGUAGAGAUGGAUCCGGGGAGUGUUAGAACGUUCGAUACAUCGUACUUCACGCUCAUAGCCAAGAGAAGAGGGCUGUUCACCUCCGACGCGGCGCUGCUCGACGACGAGGAGACCAAAGCCUACCUCGUACAGCAAGCGCUCACCCAGGGCUCCACUUUCUUUAAGGACUUCGGGGAGUCAAUGGUGAAUAUGGGAAGGAUCGGAGUCCUCACCGGCGAUCAGGGAGAAAUCAGAAAAGUUUGCACGGCGGUGAACAGUUAUUAUUAAAUGCUAGCAAAGCGUUCUUGUCUUCUUCUUCUUUUGGGGAAUUUUGGUUCUCUUGAUUGAAAGUAUGUAGUGUGCAAUUUGAGGUCAAACUGUAUUUUAUGUGUGAAGUGCGUG